CGUCCUUCCAAAUCGGGUUGGAUGCUCUCACUCCUAUUUUCCAUUUCACAAUGCACUCAAAACCCUCUCUCUAGUCAGUAUUUCUUGGUUUCAGAAGGAUCCGAUCCCAGUCUCAAAUUUAUCAACUUAUGUUCUACACCGAUCGGUAAAUGGCGAGUUUCUUGCCUCAGUUCCAGAGCAUAAAAAAUACAUUCGAUCAUAUCGUCGUUGCCGUUGAAGAUGUUAGUGAUUUAUGGCCCCUUGUAAGAAAGGAGUUUGAAGAACAUUUGCCCAUCAAAAGAGCCUUGCUAAACAACAAGACACGCAAUCCUGUUAUUGUGGAUGAAUUCCAUGCUGAGUAUGUAUUAACAACAGAUGCAAGACUACGCAGUAGGUUCCCACAAGAGCAAUCGUUGUUUUGGUUCCGAGAACCAUAUGCUACACUUGUCCUUGUCACUUGUGAGGAUCUUGAUGAAUUUAAGACAAUUCUCAAACCAAGGCUGAAGUUAAUUGUUCAAAAUGAUGAACGCGAAUGGUUUAUUGUGUUUGUGUCUAAAGCACCAGCUCACAAUGACCAGGCCACCAAGAUGGCCAAAAAAGUCUAUGCCAAACUUGAGGUUGAUUUUAGCUCGAAGAAAAGAGAAAGAUGCUGCAAAGUGGAUCUGCAUGGAGAUCCAAAUUUAUGGGAAGAAUUGGAACAUAAAAUUGUGGAAUGUAUUAGAAAUACCCUUGAUAAGCGCAUUCAGUUUUAUGAGGAAGAAAUUAGGAAGCUCAGCGAACAACGCUUCAUGCCCGUUUGGAAUUUUUGUAACUUCUUCAUUCUAAAGGAAAGCUUAGCCUUUAUGUUUGAGAUAGCUCAUCUCCAUGAAGAUGCUCUACGUGAAUACGAUGAACUAGAGCUCUGUUACUUGGAAACAGUUAAUAUGAAUGGGAAAAAGAGGGACUUUGGAGGAAUGGAGCAUGGUGAUGAUCAGGCUGCCCUUCUUGACCCGGCUAAAAAAGCACUGAUGCACAUUGUGCAAGAUGACUCAUUUAGGGAAUUUGAAUUCAGGCAGUAUCUAUUUGCCUGUCAAGCAAAGCUGUUGUUUAAGCUGAAUCGUCCAUUUGAAGUUGCAUCAAGGGGUUAUUCAUUUAUAAUUAGCUUUUCUAAGGGAUUGGCCCUCCAUGAGAAUAGACUGCCGUUCUGUAUGCGUGAAGUAUGGGUAAUAACUGGAUGCCGGGAUUUAAUUAAUGCAACCACUUCAAGGUAUCAAGAUGGACUUGUGUCACCUGAUACAGAAAAGGAGUUUUAUCGUCUAAAAGGGGAUCUCUACUCCUUAUGCCGUACUAAGUUCAUGCGGCUUGCCUAUUUAAUUGGCUAUGGUUCCCAUAUUGAAAGGAGUCCCGUCAACAGUGCUUCACUUAGCAUGCUCCCUUGGCCUAAACCCGCUGUUUGGCCUUCUUUGCCACCUGAUGCAUCAUCUCAGGUUCUUUUGAAAGAAAAGGCAAUUCUUCAAGAUUCUUCACGGCCUAACCAUUUUGGCAUUCAGAAGAAACCACUUCCUCUUGAACCAUCCAUAUUGUUGCGGGAAGCAAAUCGUCGAAGAGCAUCACUUUCUGCAGGAAAUGCAUUUGAAAUUUUUGAUGGUCAGCCCAACACGAUUGAUAGUUCAGGUUUAAUAUCUCCAUCUCCCAAAGUACAUGCAACGUCUAUGCUGCGAACUUAUUCUUCACCUGGAUUUGAAAGCUCCAUCAGUCGACCUAUGAAGCUAUCUGAAAUAUUUGUUGCGGCUGAGCGCUCUUUGCAAACUACAAUUUCUGAUAAAGAGCUAUGGAAAUCAUUGUCCUCUCCGGAAGAAUUUGAGAAAAAAUAUUUGGAACUGUCAAAGGGUGCCGCUGAAAACUAUCAUCAGUCAUGGUGGAAGAGACAUGGAGUUGUUCUUGAUGGUGAAAUUGCAUCUGUCUAUCAUAAGCUUGGAAACUUUGAUAUUGCUGCCAAGUUGUAUGAGAAGGUAUGUGCUCUUUAUGCUGGUGAAGGUUGGCAGGACCUAUUGGCUGAAGUCCUUCCAAAUUUAGCAGCGUGUCAAAAAAUACUGAAUGAUCAAGCUGGUUAUCUCUCUUCCUGUGUGAGGCUACUGUCAUUGGAUAAAGGAUUGUUUCUUAAAAAAGAGCGCCAGGCAUUUCAGUCUGAAGUCGUCCGCCUUGGUCAUAGUGAAAUGGAGCACCCUGUGCCUCUAGAUGUGUCCUCCCUGAUAACAUUUUCUAGUGAUCCUGGGCCUCCACUGGAGCUAUGUGAUGGGGAUCCUGGUUCCCUCUCUGUAACUCUUUGGAGUGGAUUUCCUGAUGAUAUUGCUCUUGAAUCACUGAGUCUCACUCUUACAGCUACUAAUAUCACUGAUGAUGGUGUAAAGGCUAUAAAACGCUCUGGUGCUACAAUAUUAAAUCCUGGAAGGAAUAAAAUCACAGUAUCUUUACCUCCUCAGAAACCUGGUUCGUAUGUUUUGAGUAUUCUUACAGGACAAAUUGGUCAAUUGAGAUUUAGAUCUCAUAGCUUCUCCAAAGGAGGACCUGCAGAUACUGAUGACUUUAUGAGUUAUGAGAAACCAACAAGGCCUAUCCUGAAGGUGUUCAAACCAAGAUCUCUGGUUGCUCUAGUGGCGGCUGUCUCAUCUGCUUUGCUUAUCAAUGAGCCUCAGUGGGUAGGAAUAGUUGUCAAACCAAUGAACUACUCCCUAAAAGGUGCUGUACUUCACAUAGACACUGGACCCGGUUUGACUAUUGAACAGUGCCAUGGAAUUGAAAUUGAGAAGCAUACAGAUGGAUCUCAUAAUGAAUCUGAUUUGGGUGACCAGGAAGGUUUGAAAGAUGAUGGUAACCAAACUACUACAGAAUUAAAGCAAUUGUCUCUUCAUGAUGGAAAAGUUGAGCUGCCAGACUGGGCUAGCAAUAUAGCUUCUGUUUUAUGGAUCCCUGUUUGUGCUGUCAGUGAUUGCAUUUCUAGGGGAACUCUUGCAGGAGAAGGCAUAUCCCAGAGACAGAGUGUUGUAGAUGGAAUGAGAACGAUUGCUCUAAAACUCGAAUUUGGAGUAUCUCGAAAUCAAGUAUUUGAAAGGACAAUGGCUGUACAUUUUACAGACCCUUUCUGUGUGAGCAUACGGGUUACGGACAAGUGCAAUGAUGGCACUCUGCUUUUACAGGUGAUAUUGCAAUCACAAGUGCAAGCUUUGUUGGCCAUCUAUGAUGCUGGACUUGAUUUACAAGAUGGAUUUUCUCACACCGGAACCAGCAAUGGGAAAUCGAUGUCUCAAUUCUUCCCGUUGACACUAUCUCCAAAAUCAAAAGCUUCAAUCUUAUUCAGUAUAUGCUUGAAGGAGGAUGGUGUAAAAGAGGAUGAAGCUAAAAUGCAGCACUCAGAAAGUGUGUUAAAUAUUACUUAUGGGAUUUCGGGUGAUAGAAUGAUUGGAGCUCAUUGCCCUAUGGCUGAGGAACGUAAUGUACCUGAUGACACAACGCUGAAGCUGACGUUCAAGAGCUCUCUUGUUUUACGGAAACCUGUGCUUGACCCUUGCUUUGCAGUUGGCUUUCUUCCACUCUCCAGUGGUCUACGAGUUGGGCAAUUUGUUACAAUGAAGUGGAGAGUUGAAAGGCUAAAAACAUUAGGUGAAUAUGCUGCUUCUGAAGACAAUGAUGAAGUUUUUUUCGAGAUCAAUGCAAACUCUGAUAACUGGAUGAUUGCAGGGAGGAAAAGGGGACACGUCCCGCUGUCCAUAAAACAAGGGGCACGAAUAGUCAUUUCAGUGUUGUGCUUGCCACUAGUUUCGGGAUACGUUCGUCCCCCUCAACUUGGCUUGCCAAAUGUGAAGGAAAAUAUUAGUUGUAACCCUCCCGGUCCUCAUUUGGUUUGUGUUAUGCCUCCAAUUCUGAGUUCUUCCUUUUGCGUGCCAGCCUGAGCCAUAUGUGAGCAGUUUUCAUGUAUAAAGAUGGUUUGCUUGGGUCAUCCACUCAUCUAAACAUAGAAGAAAAGGAAGGGCGCCAGAAGGGGACAUCAGUUUUCCACAUUCCUGCCCAGAAAACUUGUACAUUGUGUCAUUGUGUGUAUUAUUUCUUUCCUGUUGGAGUAGCGGGUAUUUACAAACUCAGCCCCUCAAACAUUCACUGUUAUUUCACUAUUCAAUGUAUUUUUCCCUAAUAUUUAGUCAAAGGUUAAAAAAGUUGACCUUGAAAGUCAAACUGGAAGGGGGGUAUGGAGGGAUUAACUAUUGGUAGGGACCUAGAAAGAUCUUUCUACCUUAUGAAUGCAAAACUGAUUACGGAGUAUGUGCUAAAUCAUAAAUGAAACCUUGGGGA